AUGUUCAAGUUGGUGCUCUGCUGUCUUCUGCUGGCCGUCGGUGGCGGAUGGGCCUUUAAUCAUGGCCAGGAUUUGGCGGACUUUAAUGCCUAUAUGACCACCUAUAACAAGUCAUAUGUGUCAGCUUCCGCAAGCAACUUUGCCAACUACUAUUUUGUCUAUAACCGCAACCAGGUGGCCCAGCACAAUGUCCAGGCGGAUAGGAAUAGGAGUAGCUAUCGCGAGGCAGUGAAUCAGUUUUCAGACAUCCGACUCAUCCAGUUUGCUGCCCUUUUGCCCAAGGCAGUGUCCCUGGCAACCUCGCAGGCCAGUGAUCCCCCGGCCACGCAAGUGGCGUCCGCCUCCUACGACAUCAUUUCCGACUUUGGACUGACCGUGAUGGUGGAGGAUCAGGGACAGAAUUGCAGCAGCAGUUGGGCCUAUGCCACGGCCAAGGCUGUGGAGAUCCUGAAUGCCGUCCAGUCGGCCAAUGCUGCUCCAUCCUCGCUCUCCGCCCAGCAGCUAAUCGAUUGUGCAGGCAUGGGCACCGGCUGCACAACCCAAGAGCCUCAGGCAGCCCUGGACUAUCUCACCCAGCUGACUGAAUCGUAUCUGUAUCCGGAGGCGGACUAUCGGAACGAUAAUAUUUCCAAGACACCUGGCAUGUGCCAACCCCCAUCCUCUGUGGCCGUGGGUGUGAGAUUGGCCAACUACUCCACAGUGGCCGAUGGUGACGAUGAUGCUGUCAUGCUUUAUGUGUCCAAUGGAUUCCCCGUGAUUGUGGAAUACAAUCCAGCAACCUUUGGAUUCAUGCAGUACUCCAGCGGUGUCUAUGUCCAGGAUACGAGUGCCCUGACCAAUGCAAGGAGCUCACAGUUCCUGGUCGUUGUGGGCUAUGAUCACGAUGUGGACACCAAUUUGGACUACUGGCGGUGCCUGAACUCCUUCGGGAAGGGGUGGGGAGAGGAUGGCUACAUCAGGAUUGUGCGAAGGGCCAACCAGCCCAUUGCCAAGAAUGCCAUAUUCCCCAGUAUUCUGGCCUAAAAAGAAGCAAGUCUUUUUAUUGUAAUUUCAAGAAA